GACCGUUUUGUUAUAAUUACGAAGUUUUGUUACUUUAUAUUACAAAUUAAAAGUUUAAAUCGUUUUGUACUAAGUUGCAAGAUUUGUGACCCUUUUGCUAAUUACCAAAAGUAGGGUGAUAAUCAGCAGUUCCCACUUGGGUGGCUCGAGCGGAGAAUAAAAAUUUUCUGCAACUUUCCCUCCGGCGACAGAACCACCGAUGGAGAGCGACGGAACGAGGGAGAAGGAGAUAGAGACGAGACUUCUAGACGAGGUUGGAGGAGUAAUAUCAACGAUAAAGUCAGCCAAACAUGUCGACGAAGUGAUUUGCGCUCUUCACUCCGUCGCAGUUCUUCUCUUCCCCACAGAUUCCUCGCUCAUCGUCGGUAGUCUCGACGAGCUUCACAGGGCCCAGGUCAGGAGUGCCAAAAUCCCAGCUGCAAAUGAGCGGAAGAAAUGGCGGCGAGCAUUUUACAGAGGAGCUGGAUUUCCAACUCUGGCCCUGGUCUUGCUAAUCGACGUUGCUUCCAAUUGGUUACCUUGUUUCCCCUUUUCAGCAAGACAACAUGUAUACGAUGUGUUCUUUGUUCAUGGCCUUGCAGUAGAGGUUAUCCAGAGUUUAGUUCCGUGCUUACAAUACAGUUUAAAUGAUGGCUUUGAUGCUAAAGCAGUAAAAUCGAACACGGAAAGGUUGCUAGUCCUCUCCUUGCUUGAAAAUGGAGGCAUGCUCCGAAUGGUCAAGGAGCUUGGAAGUUCUGAGUUAUAUGAAGACUUGACGCAUGCACAGCUUAUUUCGGUCAUGUCUAGAUUGGCACAAAUUGUGGCAUCUAUUCCCGACAAGGCAUCGCAGAGAGCCUCGAGUUCACUCUCAUCUCAUUUGUUCUUCAAACAGAUCACGUCCCAGCUUCUUUCUGUAUCUCGAGAUAGGACUGAGACUAUAUCAGACCAAGAAUCCAUCUUCUAUAAGCAUGAUGUGGAUACUACACUUCUAUUUAUUGGUGAUAUAUUUUCUCGCAUUUGUCGACGAGGAUCUUCCGAUGUCCUUCUGGCUGAACUUGUCCCUGAGCUUCUUAGGCAUGUUCAGAACAUCUUAUCAUCAAGUGGUGACUCUGUUUCUGUGGAUAACUUCGAGUCAGAUCCUGGAUCCCAGUUUUGGUUGAAUAUUAUGGAAGCUGUCAAAGAUUCAUACUCUAUAGAAAGAAUAUCUGAGCAAAUUUUGCUUCAGUUGGCCAGUAGGCUCGCAAGUGACACUGAAACUUAUUGGUCCCUUCACUUACUUUUCGGGAAGAAUUUUGAGAAAUCUCCUUCAAUCAGGUCCAUGUUUGUUGACAAAUUCUUGCUGUGGAAAGUGCUUCCCCUAUGUUGCUUAAGAUGGAUCCUACAAUUUGCUGUUCUUCAGUGUCCACCAAUUGCUAAUCAACUCACUAAAGGUCAUGCAACUGAGAUUCUGUUAGACACAGUGCAGCGUCUUGUAUCAGUAUGGGCAAGCCAGGACUUUAUUCAAUCGACCCCCACAGAGCAGCAAGUCUACGUAACUGCUGCUAUUGGUCUUUGCAUGGAGAAGAUGUCAAAAGAGGAGUUAGACAGCUCAAAAGUUUUGAUGCAUGCGAUUCUUCAAGGAGUUAGCUGUAGGCUAGAGAACCCAGGCCAUUUAGUUCGGAAAAUGGCUAGCAAUAUUGCUUUGGUUUUCUCUAAAGUAAUAGACCCCAAAAAUCCUCUAUAUCUUGAUGACAACUGUGUUGAGGCUAUUGACUGGGAAUUUGGUUUUACCAUACAUGGAAAAGGAACACUCUCUACCUCUACUUUCAUUGAGAAGCACAUUGAUGACACUAAAUCAUUAACAUCCUCUGAGUCGAUUAUAGACUCAUGUCACCAAACAAAUGAUCAGCCCAACAAAAUCACAAGAAGGCAUAGCAGGAGAGCAUCUCAGUUCAAGAUGAUAGAUCCAGAUGAGAUCAUCGAUCCAUCUAUGCUAAAUCUUGAAUCGGCUUCAGAUAAGGAUGAAGAUGAUGCUUCAAGUGAGACUUCAGAAUCUUCCGGUGAUUCUUCUUUGCAGCCAUAUGAUUUGGCAGAUGACGACACAGAUCUCAAACAAAAAAUUACUCAGUUGGUUGACAUAGUUGGAGCCCUGCGGAAGUCCAAUGAUCCUGAUGGGGUGGAUGCAGCUCUUGAUGCUGCUGAAAAACUUGUGAGAGCAUCUCCUGAUGAACUUAAACACAUAGCAGGGGAACUAGUUCGUACUCUUGUUCAGGUUCGUUGCUCUGAUUUGGCAGUUGAGGGAGAGGAAGAAAGUAUAGAGGAAAAGAGGCAAAGAGCAUUGGUUGCCUUGCUCGUCACAUCCCCGUUCGAGUCGCUCGAUUCAAUAAACAAACUGUUAUAUUCCCCACAUGUGGACACCAGCCAGCGCAUAAUGAUUCUUGAUGUAAUGACGGAAGCAGCUCAGGAGCUUGCUUCUUCCAAGACUCUGAAGUCCAGACAGCAGCAAACUGUUUCAAGAGCCCUAAUUUCAACCAUCUCAGAGACUCAACCCUGGUUCCUGCCAAGCAGCAAGGGGCCUCCUGGUUCAACUCUCUGGAAGGAGGUGUCAGAAACAGGAACUCCAUUGAAUUACUCUCACCGGUAUGAGAGAGAAGUUCCAUCUAGACCUAGUCCAAUCAUUAAGGGGAAGACACGACGGUGGGGUAAUCAUUAUGCAAAUAUCAAAAAUACCCAGGCGGAAGAAUGGACCGGGAACAAAUUUCCUGUUUAUGCUGCAGCAUUCAUGCUUCCUGCCAUGCAGGGGUUUGAUAAGAAGAGGCAAGGCGUAGACUUGCUAGGUAGAGACUUUAUUGUCCUGGGGAAGCUUCUCCACAUGCUUGGUGUCUGCAUGAGAUGUGCCUCUCUGCACCCAGAGGCAUCUGCUUUGGCCUCCCCUUUUCUAGACAUGCUAAGAAUGAGGGAGAUAUGCCGUCACAAAGAAGCAUAUGUUAGAAGAGCCGUGCUUUUUGCGGCUUCAUGCCUAUUAGUAUCACUCCAUCCAUCAUUCGUUGCAUCAUGUCUAACCGAAGGAAAUGUGGAGGUAGCAAAAGGUCUUGAAUGGAUCCGGACAUGGGCCCUUGAAGUCACAGAGUCAGAUACAGAUAGAGAGUGUUAUAUAAUGGCCAUGUCAUGUCUCCAACUUCAUGCCGAAAUGGCUCUCCAAGCUUCCAGGGUUCUGGAGUCCACAGAAAACAAUGCAUCCAGUUCCCACCCCAAAGUUGGGGUUAGUCUUCUUCCUUCUAAUCUGAACUUGGGAUUGGGGACCAUCAAAGUCCCACCCUCCAAUUUGCGGUACUCGAUUAUGUAAGACGAGUCUACUUCUGCCUCGUAACAUUUUCUUGUAUAUCAUUGCUUAAAUUUGGUUAUGUUUGCAAAGAGACUGAAUCCAGCCGCCAUACAAGCUAGGAAACAUGUGUCGUUCCGGCCUACUGUUUGUGUAUGUCUGUCUGUCUGUCGUUCCAUGUCGAACCCAUCAGCAUCAGCACUGCUUUUACUGCUGCAACUGCUGGCACGUUGGCCUGGGCUUCAGAAAUACUUUUGUUGACCAUUGGUGUGAGCGUAUGGGAAAAGGAUGAGAUGAAGGAGAAAGGUGAGAAACAAGAUAAUGCGGCUGAUGAUUAUGACAAUCACUGAGUGCUCACUUUUUAUUAAUAUAUAUAAACUCCUUCCCGUAAUUCUAAAAUAGAUAGAGAAAUGGUUUUUCUUGUCGCACUAUGGGCAGUCCAAUUGGCAGUUCUAGGGAUUGCACAAAUCUUUCAGCCUAUGUCUAGAGUGGCUAACAUUUGAAGACCGUCUCUGAGCACCAGACUUUCAAUUGCAUUUGACCAUCCCUGAGCAGCUGGUGUAUGAUGACUUCAAAAUCCCUUGUGUGUUUGACUUCAUUGAGGUUGAUAUAUUAUGAAUCAAUUGCAUGCAUACCAUCUCGAGCAGCUAGCAGUUCGACCAGAUAUGGAUUGACAAUCCAGGGAUGUUGAAGACCAAUAGAGAGAUGUGGACAUCAUCAACGAAUUUCACCACCAAGCUCGUAGCACAACAUCGCCGAAGUUGAGUAUGAGGCGGCAAGGUGGAGGGGGAAACCAGGUUGGAGGUACUGUAGGGAGGAUCAGAGGUGGAGUGGAGGAGGAGCAAUAGCAUGGGUAGAUGAGAAAUCUUUGACUUUAUGAGGGAAAUGAACAGCGAAGAUGUAG